AUGAAAAACGUAAUCAAAGCUGUGAAGAAACUCAAGUUAUGGCCCAAAAAGAAAAAGAAGAAAAAGACCCUUGAGCAUCCUCCUCACCGUUGCUGCUCUUGCUCUCCAUCUACUGCUCAGCCCUCAGCUCCACCUUUACCUUCAUCUUCAUGGCUUGAAGCUGAAAACAAUUAUGGGACAUUCUUGCCAUCCCGGGAAGUGACUGAACCACAAGAUAUUGCUACAUACUCCAACCCUGUUAGCCGCAGCUCAAAUUCAUCAUAUCAGCAAUAUAUGGUAUCAGUUUCAGAACCUGUUUAUGGCAUUCCAGUCCCGGUUAUUCAGACAAGUAGAAGACAGAGAUCAACUGGCCAAUUUGGAUGUGUUUUCAGUUUUGGUUCUUAUUUGUUUCGCUGCUUAUGUCCAUGUUUUCACAUUCGCGAAGUAGUUUGA